CGGAGCCAAGGACAGGGACAGGGACAGGGACGGGGACGGGAGCCGCCCAGAGACACCGCCGGACGGGGCUCCCUCACACGCGGGGCCGAGGCCGAGGACUGGGACUGGGGCAGCGCCGCGGCCGCCGAUGGUUUUCCUCACGCUCUCCCGCUGGAUCCGGAACCGCGGGCCCGACCGUUACUGGCGGGGUCAGGAGGUGCUGCAGCACGCACGGCAUUUCCGGGGGCGCAAGAACCGAUGCUACAGCCUGGCGCUGCGGGCCGUGCGGCGAGCAUUCCUCUACUCCACUAAGGCCAGGAAGCACAAGAAGCGGAACAUGAGGACGCUGUGGAUAAGCAGAAUAGCAGCAGCAACCCGUGAACAUGGGCUGAAGUAUCCGAUGCUAAUUUGUAAUUUGAUUAAGAGCCAAGUGGAACUAAACCGCAAGGUCCUGGCGGAUCUGUCCGUGUACGAGCCGAAGACGUUCAAGUCCCUGGCUGCACUGGCAAAGCGAAGGCGGGAAGAAGGCUUCGGCGAUGCGCUGGGCGACGGCGGGGAACCCACGGGGGUGUUUUCACGCAUGGUGCACCGUGACUGAUGGAAUGAACUCUGAUAACUACUGUGAAUAAUGUUCAUCUGCCUUGUGACUGACAGUUUUACAAAACAGUCACCACAGAUGUUCUACAAAUCAGUCCCAAAAAUGUCUGGCAAUGCUGCGUGCAUUUUGACAAAAAAUGAUUAUGUGAAUCACACAAUGAUUGUGUGAAAUUCUUCAAGGUUGGUUCAAUCAGUAAAAUGUGUGGGACCGCAGAGAAACCUUUGGCUGGAGCUCAUUUGUGUUUGGUGCCCCCUUCAGUUCGACCAUCUCAUUUUAACACAGAUAAACUUAAAACACAGAUAAACCCACGUUAUCAUAGAGCAGGAGGGAUGGUGUGUGUUGUUGCCGAUUGUCCGCUCUAACCGAGCAAAGAGAGGUAAAAAAAAGGGCAGCAUUCGAAAAACAGGACAUAAUAAACAGGAAAGGACACUAAAUACAUAACACUUUAAAUGAAUAAAACGUGAACAUAGUUUAAUUGCAUGUACUUCAGUCACAGUGCACCCAAGAUCAGAAUUGUACCCGAGUCUCUGGAACUGAAACAGGGACGCAAGGAAAUGCAGAUGCUAUCUAGCGUAGAUAUUAAAAGUUUUAUGUUUGAGUUUAGUCUAUUGUCACAGUGAGUACAGUGAAAAGCUUUUGCUGUGUGUUAACCAAGUCACUUUUAUUUCUAUAGCACAUUUAAAAAACAACUCUCGUUGACCAAAGUGCUUUACAUUGGUUGAGGUACUAACGUUAUACAACAUUGGUUCAUAGAUUAAGUACAUAUAUAAAUACAUACAUAUAGCCCUCCCUCAGAACACGUCAAGAAAGGCUUGAGAGUAAAGAUAAGUUUUUAGUCUCGACUUAAAAGAGUCGAAACCAGCCAGCGGAAAGGCAGUACAUGAUUACAAUCGCGUAUGAGCAUAAGGCCAACUCCCUGUAUUUCACAUUUUCCAUCAUGGAUUGCUUUGUAUUUUGGAAAAGGGAAAAAAUACAGUGAAGGAAGCUCACAUCAUUCUUUACAAAUCAGUGGCGUUGUCCUUGCCCAUUGCUGCCACCUUGUGGUCACUCUGUCCUCUGCAACCAAAAUCCCUUCUAAAGGUCCAUGAAUACGAGGGUUGACUGGACAAACAUAGUAGGAAGGAAUUGCAGAUAAACACUAAAUGCUGGAGUAACUCAGCAGGACAGGCAGCAUCUCUGGAGAGAAGGAAUGGGUGACGUUUUGGGUUGAGACCCUUGGUACGGUUUUCAACCCGAAAAAUUACCCAUCUCCUCCAUCCAGAGAUGCUGCCUGUCCCGCUGAGUUGCUCCAGCAUUUUGUAUCCAUCUUGUACUUAAAUAUAUUUCAUUACAUUUAAAAGGGAAGAUAAUUGUCUCCACUCUUAUGGAAAUAGAUCCAAUGGGACCUGUAGUUUCUGGCAACAUGCCCUAUAAUACAUUACUGACUGAAGGAGAGGCCAGUUUCUAUCGUCACCUUGUCUAUGUUCUUCUCUAUGUUUUGUUCCACUAUUGUUUGCAGAUUACUAAGCCACACUGUAACUGAUUGCUGUCCCAAUAAAUACUUUGUUUUUUUUCAGUA